UGCAUAUUUACUGUUACACGCUGAUAACCUGGUAACCCUAUAAUUUGACGCCAUUUUGCGUUGUGAAUGUGUUGAAAAUUACAAGUUUUAGGCGCAACGUUUGUGUUUAGUAAAAUAACUCCAGGUUUUUUAUAUUAUAAUGGGCGAGGAUAAAGAUCGCCGACGCAGAUCGCGUUCCAGGGAACGUCGUCGUUCGCGUUCUAGAUCAAAAGAACGCCGUGAAAAGAGGAGGAGUAAAUCCAGAUCCCCGUCAAAACGAUCCCGCCGACGUAAGCCUUCUCUGUACUGGGAUGUGCCGCCGCCGGGCUUCGAACACAUCACUCCCCUGCAAUACAAAGCCAUGCAAGCGGCGGGACAAAUUCCGGCUAACAUAGUCGCUGACACGCCGCAAGCCGCCGUACCGGUCGUGGGUUCGACUAUAACGCGACAAGCACGUAGAUUGUACGUGGGCAACAUACCAUUCGGCGUGACCGAGGAGGAAACCAUGGAGUUCUUCAACCAACAGAUGCAUCUGUCAGGCCUGGCCCAAGCGGCCGGGAACCCUGUGCUGGCGUGCCAGAUUAAUUUGGAUAAAAACUUUGCAUUCCUAGAGUUUAGGUCGAUUGACGAAACCACACAAGCUAUGGCAUUCGAUGGCAUCAAUUUCAAGGGACAGAGCUUGAAAAUUCGACGGCCGCACGAUUACCAACCCAUGCCUGGGACAGAAAACCCAUCAAUUAAUGUCCCUGCUGGUGUUAUCAGUACUGUAGUUCCAGAUUCACCACAUAAAAUCUUUAUUGGUGGCCUACCUAACUAUCUCAAUGAGGACCAAGUAAAGGAACUUCUGAUGUCGUUUGGCCAGCUGCGUGCCUUCAACUUGGUGAAGGAUUCCUCCACAGGCCUGAGCAAAGGAUAUGCCUUUGCUGAAUAUGUUGAUAUAUCCAUGACUGAUCAGGCUAUUGCGGGUCUUAACGGCAUGCAGCUGGGAGACAAGAAGCUUAUUGUGCAGCGAGCAAGUAUUGGAGCUAAGAACUCUACUUUGGCGAUGACGGGCGCGGCGCCGGUGACGCUGCAGGUGGCGGGGCUGACGCUGGCGGGCGCGGGCCCGGCCACCGAGGUGCUGUGUCUGCUCAACAUGGUGACGCCCGACGAGCUGCGCGACGAGGAGGAGUAUGAGGACAUCCUGGAGGAUAUCAAAGAGGAGUGCAAUAAAUAUGGUUGUGUGCGCAGUAUAGAAAUUCCACGCCCCAUUGAGGGUGUAGAAGUGCCUGGUUGUGGAAAGGUCUUCGUAGAAUUCAACAGUAUCGCCGAUUGUCAGAAGGCCCAACAGACUCUCACGGGGAGGAAGUUCAGCAACCGAGUGGUGGUCACUUCGUACUUCGACCCGGACAAAUACCAUCGCAGAGAGUUCUAAUCUACCCGCAUUGUAUAUACUGUCAUACAAUGAACUUGCUACAGCGUCCGGGCCACCCUGACAAAUACAAUUGCAGUGAAUUUUAAUAUCUACCCCCUUACAAUCAAAAUAAUUUUAAAUAUUACAUACCCAUUUAUUACACAAGAUUUUGAAAUCGAAAAUAUGACAUUAUUUGUGAUUGAAUUACACAUGUCUGUAUUAACAGAAUAACACAAUAAAGAUAAUGUAUUUAUC